CCCUAUUUUUAUGGUGGUUGGUGAUAUCUAAUAGGAUGCAUUUUUCUCCAACAUAUGGUGGUAACUCUACAAUUGACGCAAUCCACAAGAGAAAUUAUUACAUAAUCCCCCAAAACAAACUUGGUCAGGAUAUAUUUAUACGUGCUACGGAAGCCAGUGGACUGCAAAAUAUAAUUAUGAUGCCAUCUGGAGAUAUGAAGGCCGUGAAAGUACUUGUAUCCAAAGAUAUGCUAGAAUCUCAUUUGAGGGGUGAACUUUGUAAAAAUAUAAGAACAAUGGUGACGAUCAUCAUAGCAGAAGCACAGUUUCCUCGAGUUGGAGGCUCAGAUUCUCAGCAAUAUGUGGUGGUUGUCCGGCUUUCUCCUAAUCCAAGUCUUCCUAAUGAUGCACUGCUUCAUCAACAGAGUGCGCGCACAUGUGGGAGAAGGGAAAAUCAAUUGUUUCCUUCCGAUCUUGAGUUAGUCCAGUGGAAUGAAAUAUUUUUCUUCAAAGUUGAUUCACUAGUACUUGAUGCUUUUUUUCCUUUCAUUUACUCUUUCUCAAGGACAUUGAAGGGUAAAAAGGUUACAGUUGCUGGCAAGAAAAAAAAGUAG